AUGCUUUCGUUACGUGCCAAAUGGAACGUCGGACGCCGUGCCUUGUCGUCCAGUGCCGUCUCCCGCCAGGUGAUCGGCUCCAACGUCAAAGGAACUGACUUUAACGCCGCCAAAUACAUGAGCCAGAAGUACCACGUUAUAGAUCACGAGUACGACUGUGUGGUUGUUGGUGCUGGUGGUGCUGGUUUGAGAGCAGCAUUUGGGCUUGCUGAGGCAGGCUUCAAGACUGCCUGUAUCUCCAAGUUGUUUCCUACCCGUUCGCACACCGUUGCCGCCCAGGGUGGUAUCAAUGCUGCCUUGGGAAACAUGCACAAGGACGACUGGCACUGGCACAUGUACGACACCGUCAAGGGUUCUGAUUGGUUGGGAGACCAGGACGCCAUCCACUACAUGACCAAGGAAGCGCCCCAGUCCAUCUACGAGUUGGAGAACUACGGUGUGCCUUUCUCCAGAAACGAGGAGGGCCGUAUUUACCAAAGAGCUUUUGGAGGUCAGUCCAAGGAGUACGGAAAGGGAGGUCAGGCCUACAGAACUUGUGCUGUUGCCGACAGAACCGGUCACGCAUUGUUGCACUCGCUCUACGGUCAGUCUUUGAGACACGACACCCACUUCUUCAUUGAGUUCUUUGCCAUGGACUUGUUGAUGGAAGACGGUGCCUGUGUGGGUGUGGUUGCCUACAACCAGGAAGACGGAACCUUGCACAGAUUCAGAGCCCACAAGACCGUCAUGGCCACUGGUGGGUACGGAAGAGCCUACUUCUCGUGUACCUCUGCCCACACCUGUACUGGUGACGGGUACGCCAUGGUCUCCAGAGCUGGCUUGCCAUUGGAGGACUUGGAGUUCGUCCAAUUCCAUCCUUCUGGUAUCUACGGUUCCGGUUGUUUGAUCACUGAAGGUGCCAGAGGUGAAGGUGGUUUCUUGGUCAACUCCGAGGGUGAAAGAUUCAUGGAGCGUUACGCUCCAUCCGCCAAGGAUUUGGCCUCCAGAGACGUUGUCUCCAGAGCCAUCACCAUGGAAAUCAACGAAGGAAGAGGUGUUGGUCCAAAGAAGGACCACAUGCACUUGCAAUUGAGCCAUAUUCCUGCUUCUGUCUUGAAGGAAAGAUUGCCAGGUAUUUCUGAGACCGCCCACAUUUUCGCUGGUGUCGAUGUCACCAAGGAGCCUAUCCCAAUCUUGCCUACCGUCCACUACAACAUGGGUGGUAUUCCAACCAAGUGGAACGGUGAAGUGGUCAAGAAGAACGAAAAGGGUGAGGACGAGGUUGUUCCAGGUUUGUUGGCCUGUGGUGAGGUUGCCUGUGCUUCCGUCCACGGUGCCAACAGAUUGGGUGCUAACUCGCUUUUGGAUUUGGUUGUUUUCGGUAGAGCUGUCAGUCACACCAUCAGAGACUCCUUGACCCCAGGUACCCCUCACAAGCCAGUUUCCAAGGACUUGGGUUACGAGUCCAUUGCCAACUUGGACAAGUUGAGAAACGCCAACGGUACCAAGUCCACUGCUGAAAUUAGAGAUGACAUGCAACACACCAUGCAAAGAGGUUGUGCUGUCUUCAGAACCCAAGAAACUUUGGACAAGUGUGUCGAGCACAUCAAUGUAGUCGACAAGUCGUUUGCCAACGUCAAGACCACCGACAGAUCGAUGAUCUGGAACUCGGACUUGGUUGAGACCUUGGAAUUGCAAAACUUGUUGACCUGUGCCACCCAAACUGCCCACUCUGCUGCUGCCAGAACUGAGUCCAGAGGUGCCCACGCCAGAGACGACUACCCUGACCGUGACGAUGAGCACUGGAGAAAGCACACCUUGUCAUACCAAACCAACUUCGGUGACAAGGUCAAGUUGGACUACAGAGAUGUCAUUGCCACCACCUUGGACGAAAACGACUGUAAGCCAGUUCCUCCAGCCGUUCGUGUCUACUAG